GCGUUCACUAUUAUCGACUUGUUCCUUGAACAAAUCUGAUCUGCAGCAAAAUGAGUGGAAGAGGCAAAACCGGUGGCAAAGCCAGGGCCAAGGCUAAGACUCGCUCAUCCAGGGCAGGACUGCAGUUUCCUGUAGGCCGUGUGCACAGGCUUCUGCGUAAAGGCAACUACGCUGAGCGCGUCGGUGCCGGCGCUCCCGUUUACCUGGCGGCUGUGCUGGAGUAUCUGACCGCUGAGAUUCUGGAGUUGGCUGGCAACGCUGCCCGUGAUAACAAGAAGACUCGUAUCAUUCCCCGACACUUGCAACUCGCCGUGCGUAACGAUGAGGAGCUGAACAAACUGCUCGGCGGAGUGACCAUCGCUCAGGGUGGUGUGCUGCCUAAUAUUCAGGCUGUACUUCUGCCCAAGAAGACUGAGAAGGCUGUCAAGACCAAGUAAAGUCGUCCAAUGCUGUGUUUGUCAGUACCCAAAGGCUCUUUUAAGAGCCACC